AGGACGCUAUAGUAGGUGUAAAUGGGAGUGUCAGAUGUACUGUAAAUAUAAGCGGGUUGUAAGGUGUUGAGGAAGUGUAAAUGAAAAGCAAAAUGUAAGGUAGAGGAUGUGAGAAGUCUGAAUAAAUGUCGAGUGAACAGAAAGACGAGUGUAACUUGCACAGAAACUGUAAUUAAGAGCGAAUGCUAACGCACUGACGCAAGUUGGCAUUUAGCAGCGCGCUGAGAGGGACGGGGGGAGGUAAACAAGAUGGCGGCUACCUUGAAGCAGCUGCAGCAUUAAGAGCAGAGGAAAGGAGAUAUAUGACUGCGGUGACAACACGCAGAAGAGAGGAAAAAAUCAGAUUACAAUUAGUAUUUGCACUUAAUAACAUUACGACCCAAGGUUUCUUGCUUUUUUUUUUCGACUGGGAUUGGCAGUGCUGGGGGAAAGAAAUCGGUCCAAAGAGGACAAAGAGUUCUUUUUAUUAUCCUGGACCUACUCUUAUCAGUGUGAAGAUGCAUCAUGGCAUGAUGGACCUGAUGAUCUAGAGGACGUUGUGUUGUCCAGUGGGAAAAGCCUGUGUACUCAAAACACACGGCGUCACCAUUUUUGAACUUUGUACUGGAUAUGUUGUCCGAGAUGAGUAGGGGUCCAGUCAUUCCAAAUGUAGGCUAAUGCCUGCCUCGAAUUGGACAGUGUAUUUUUGAAUACAAAAGGCCAGUGCUCAGUAAAGUCUGGUGAAUUUAAAAAAUAUAUAUAUAUUUUUUUUACUUGUUUGUUCCUCUCUCUCCCCUUCCCCGCCCUCCCUUUUUUUGUUUGCACUGGACCUUUGGCCCUGCACCGUCCAUCAUUACACUUGCACUUGUGCUACUCAUGUUUACAUCCUUGUUCUACCUGAGCCCACCUAAAAGCAGCACCUUUGUUGCAAUCAAGUAUCAGUUCUUUCAGAUGCUGUUUUGGUAGGUUUCUUAUUCCCCAGCCAAUCAGAAUUGGAGAUAUAGACCACAUCUCGUCGUAGCACUUUGGGAAUAAGUGAGGGAAAGAGAAAAGCAGGCUGCGAGAGAAGAUGAGUAUUGGGGAGCUUCAGCAUCCGGGCUACCUGCCUGAGAACGAGCUCAUGGGCAUGGACACUUUCAUCCACCGCAUCGACUCUACUGAGGUGAUCUACCAGCCGCGGCGCAAGCGUGCCAAGCUGAUCGGGAAGUACCUGAUGGGCGACCUGCUGGGGGAGGGAUCUUACGGCAAGGUGAAGGAGAUGCUGGACUCUGAGACUCUGUGUCGGCGAGCCGUGAAGAUCCUCAAGAAGAAGAAGCUGAGGAGAAUCCCUAAUGGAGAGGCCAAUGUGAAAAAGGAAAUUCAGCUGCUACGAAGACUACAACAUAAAAAUGUGAUCCAGUUGGUGGAUGUGUUGUACAAUGAAGAGAAGCAGAAAAUGUAUAUGGUAAUGGAGUACUGCGUUUGUGGCAUGCAGGAAAUGUUGGACAGUGUUCCGGAGAAAAGGUUUCCAGUAUUUCAAGCUCACGGGUACUUUUGCCAACUUUUGGAUGGCCUUGAAUAUUUGCACAGCCAGGGAAUCGUUCACAAAGACAUUAAACCAGGGAAUUUGCUGCUGACCACAGAUGGCGCGUUAAAGAUCUCGGACUUGGGCGUAGCAGAGGCUCUCCACCCAUUUGCGGAGGAUGACACAUGUCGAACGAGUCAGGGCUCGCCAGCCUUCCAGCCACCCGAGAUCGCCAAUGGCUUGGACACCUUUUCAGGGUUUAAAGUGGACAUCUGGUCUGCCGGGGUCACACUAUACAACAUAACGACAAGCCUGUAUCCGUUUGAGGGGGAUAACAUCUAUAAGCUGUUUGAGAACAUCGGAAAGGGAGACUACACUAUUCCAGAGGAGUGUGGGCCACUGCUGACCGACCUGUUGAGGGGAAUGCUUGAAUACGAUCCUGUAAAGAGGUUCUCGAUACAGCAAAUUAGGCAACACAAUUGGGUGAGGAAGAAACACCCACCUUCGGAACCGACCGUGCCUAUUCCACCCAGCGCUGAGACCCGUGACGUUUGGCGGAGCAUGACGGUGGUGCCCUACCUAGAGGAUCUCCAUGGUUAUGGUGAAGAGGAAGAGGAUGACGAGAUGUUUGACGGUGAGGAUGACAUCAUCUAUACUCAGGAUUUCACAGUGCCAGGUCAAGUGGAAGAGGAAGAUGAUGAGGAGGAAGAGUGCCGUGCAGAGAGGAGCCGUGCCACGGUGAAGCCAGUUUGUGUGAACGGGACCGAACCGGCAGCACUAAAGCCCAAAUCAGACCGGCGAUCCAGCUCCUCGUCCAACCCCUCCCGCAAGGGCGUGUCCACAGCCAGCAAGAUCCGCAAACUCUCCACCUGCAAACAGCAAUGACCACACCUCCUCACCUUUCCCCGCCCACCCGCCCCUUUCUCUCUGUACAGGUUUGUUAUUUGUCCCAUCCUUGGUUUUGGAUUCCCAGCCAUGAAAACAUGCCACAGUUGCUGACACAUUUCACCAUGGACUAUGAACCCAAACGGAAACGAUGGCAGGAAGUGUGGAUAUAUGACACUUUUCGAGGUCUUUCCCUGGAAAGGACUGGCUGAUUUGGGGAAGCUGUAUAACUCCUGGGUUCCCCCCCCUCUUUCCUGGUUACAUAUUUUCUCUUGCUCUCAGUCUCUCUCUUUGAUUCAGGCUUUCUUAGAUUCAUUCGGUUGAACUCUUAGCACUUUUUGCCACAGAUCACCACCAAAAGGUUUAUGUGGCCGGAUUCGCCGCCCCCCCCCUCACCUUUCUCCUCAUGCUGGGCUCUUGUUGCCCAUCAAAUCUGACCUCAGUGUUUAGUUCUUUUGGGUGAUCUUUUAAUUUUACAGUAAUUAACUGCAGUUUAAGGUGCACAUGGCGUUUAGUUAAAACAACGUCAUAAAGGACUAAAGAUACCGGUUAUUAUAUAGAAGCCAUGGUGAGAAUGCUGAAGAUAAUUAUACCCAUAUGAAUAAAAAACUGCAUGCUGUGAAGAGCUUUGGGGGGGGAAAGGGGUAUGAUCUGUACAGGCAAAUGUAUUGACGCCUGCUUAGUGCAGGAUGGUUUUGGUUAAUUUUGUUUUGUUUUACAUUAGGCGUUUUUUUUUUUUUUCAAUAAAUAUUUUUUAAUUAUUAUUUAUAUAAAACACCUCCCAACCAAACCAAA